UUUAUUUCCCAUUCUUCCUUUUUUGUGUCGCUGACAGAAAUUAAAAAGCGACUUAUAAUUAGUGACCACGUGUUGGCAUAAAUGAUUUAUGCUCUUGCUGAGAAAAAAAAAGUGUAAACAAACCGAAUAAAAACUAUAUAAACCAAUAUACUUGUGAAACAUGGCACACGACAAGACUGUUAAUCGGCAAAAAUCUAAACGAAAACCAAGUAAAAAGAAUGAAGUCAGUUCGUCGCAGCCUUCCUUGACUUUAGUGGUCAGUACAGUGGCUUGUCUGGCUAUUCUAGUCGGACUUUAUUACACGAACAAAGCAGCUAAUCUAAAGAAGCAACAGCAAGCUAGCACUCCUGAUUCUCGUGAGUCCGGCCAGCCAACCGUUAAACCAACAAAAGCAGAAACAAAGCAGGGAAGACGAGAAAUAAAGGACCCUUCAAACAGAGCAGCUGARACCACAUCUAAAGGACAGACUGUUGGCAAGAAGACAGGAAAGGAUAAGAAUGACUUUACUAUCUUACCAAGACUGGAUGGAGUAAAGGUUGGUCACGUGCAAAAGAUGGAAUUGGAACCUGGCAAGUUUUACGACGUCAAAACUAGAAGUCUUAGACCUCCCAUAUUUGAAAUACCAGAUUUUCUAACAGAUAACGAAUGUCAACAAAUAAUAGAACAAGCUGCCAACCAGGGAAUGGAAACGAGUGAGGUUCAAGAUCCGGAGACUGGGGUCAACAUUGAACCAACCAAUGACGAAACGUUCUAUGAUUGGGAUUAUAACAAGGACGGUACAAUCAGCCCUCUUGAGGUGAUGCACAACCUAGUGGACUUGAGUGAUUUGUACUUUUCAGAAAGUGAUGUCAUUAAAAUGUUUAAAGAUUUGAAAAUCGAUCGCAACGGUAACGGUGUGAUGGACAAGGACGAGUUUCUACGAGUGACAACUGAUCGUAUAAUGCGCUAUUUACAUAAAAUGGCAGCCAAAUUACCACGAGUCAAAAGCAGGAACAGUAGACAGACGUGGGUAGAUCACACCACAGUACAGGGACUUGAUCAAAGAGUUGCUUCUCUCACUAAACUACCGGUUGCUGUCGUGGAAGGAAGCGAAAAACUCCAGGUUGUGAACUAUGGACCAGAAGGCCACUAUCACUGUCAUCAUGACUCACAAGACAUCGAGAUUGGCGUACCUUGUUGCUAUGAGCACGACAAACGACACUGUAGACUAUGCAGGUACAUCACAGUGCUUUAUUUCUUGAACGACGUCGAAGAAGGCGGCGAGACAGCUUUUCCUGUAGCAAACAACGACACUUUUAGUUUAGAG